CCCUUCCCCGCCAGGCGCUGGCGAUGCGACGCGACCACGGGCACGAAAGGGUUAACGAACCCUCCAUGGACCCGGAGCGAGCCUGAGCCCCGGAACCGGCUCCAGCCCCCCUGGCAUCAUGCUGGAGCGAGGGGAGCAAGGGCCUGGGGGCAGAGGCAGGAGCCCUUCUGCAAAGGAAUCAGUUACCAACGGAGGGGCCUCCGGCAAAGCCUCCAAGCCAAAGCGGAGCCCGGCAGCUGCGGCCGAGCGCCCCGGUCCGUCCAGGGCCCGCCGCCCACCGCCCCUCCAGCGCCCGCACCGCUGCCCGGACUGUGACAAGGCCUUCUCCUACCCCUCCAAGCUGGCCACCCACCGCCUGGCUCACGGCGGUGCCCGCCCACACCCCUGCCCUGACUGCGACAAGGCCUUCUCCUACCCCUCCAAGCUGGCCGCCCACCGCCUCACCCACAGCGGUGCCCGCCCCUUCCCCUGUCCGGACUGCCCCAAGGCUUUUGGUCACCGAUCCAAGCUGGCUGCCCACCGCUGGACCCACUCGCCGGCCCGCCCCUACCCCUGCCCAGACUGCCCCAAGUCUUUUUGCUACCCCUCCAAGCUGGCCGCCCACCGACACACCCACGCUGGCGGCACUCGGCCCUACCCCUGCCCACAGUGCCCCAAGUCCUUCUGUUACCCCUCCAAGCUGGCAGCCCACCAGCGGCGCCACGCCCCCACUGCCGCCGGAGCCCCUAUCCCGGCCGCCCCCACGCCCGCCGCCCCAGCAGACCCUCAGCACCGCUGCCCCAGCUGUGACCAAACCUUUGGCCAGCGCCGCCUCCUGGCCCUUCACCAGCGCAGCCACCGAGGAGAAGGGAAGGCUGGGAAGGGAGGAAAGGGGGAGCGGGCCUGAACCCUGCCCCAGGCCCUCGCCUGCUGCCAAUAAAGAGACGCUUUCUACA